AUGGCAACGAACGAUAUUCGAUUAUACCAUGUACAAGGAACUCACUAUGAAUGUGCGAGACAUAUAGGUAUUACAUGUCGAGAUCUGAUUAGAAAACGUAUCGAAGAUGAUCGAAAUUAUUUGACACCAAUGUUUAAUUUUGUUCAAACGUCAAAGGGUAUUAGAUUGCAUCAAAAUUUCGUCGAAAUCAUUCGCAAAUUGUUUCCAUGGUAUUGGGAUGAGAUUCGUGGUAUUGCCGAUGGCUCUAAAGUUCCAUUAGAACAAAUACUUGUACUCAAUUUUGAAAAUGAAACUCAAACAGCUUAUCGUAUUCAUGAAGCACGACAAGGAAAUUAUCAGCAAGAAGACAAUGAGAAUGAUGCCAAAGGAUGCAGUACCGUACUGAUCAAUCGACUUGAUACUAAUACUCUUUCAUUAGUGCAUAAUGAAGACAACACAGCUGGUCUCUAUGAAACUGGUUAUCUAGUAGAAGCAGACAUUAAAUCGAGUUCCUACGAUGAUGGCACUAGACAUAGUCCAAACGAAAGAUUUAUUGCCUAUUGUUAUGCUGGUGUUAUUCCUGGAAUUGCAUUUGGUGCCAAUAUGCAUGGUUUUGCUUAUGCCUUAAAUGCUCUCUAUCCGAAUUUUGUCGGAGAAAAUGGCGUCCCACGACUAAUCAUCAAUCGAGCACUACUCUCGGUUGCCAAUGAAAAUCAGUUAGAUGAAUUAGUUCACACAGUACCUAUUGCUUAUGCUUUCUGUAUCAACGGUGCAUUUUUUCGUGAACAUAAUCAUGAGACAUGCCAUCUGCUUAAUUAUGAGCUAGGGCCAGGAUUGAAUAGUAAGGAAAAUUUUGUAAGUAAAUGUCUCGUUGUUAACAAUGUACAAUAUCAUCGCUAUCAAGAAACUAAUGGUACAGUUUGUCUUACUUUAAAUUAUCUGAAUCAUUUUAAUCAUUAUGAUCGAUCGAAUGGAUUAAUUGUUGAACGAGAACCACUCUUUUGGAGUCGAAAUCGUGCUCAACGUGCACUUGAAAUAGGCGAAAUAUUCACUCUCAAAGAUGCACUGUACCUGUUGGGUGAUAGAACCAAUGAAAAGUUUCCAAUAUUUUUCAUGGGUGGAACAACUGAUAUUAAUUUAGCAACACUUUGUACGGCUCAUUUUAACUUUCAUACUCGUCAACUCAGUAUCUACCGAAAUAAUCCUAAAGAUAAUAACACACCUCGACUAAUAUACAAUCUUGAUGACUUAUUGGAAAAAUGA